ACAUCUUCAUUAUGUCAGUGUCCUUCCAGUCCUCAGCAGAAGAAGACGUGGGCGUGGCGGUCGCUGUGCGGGAGGCCACGGUCGGGGACUACGACCAGGUGUUGUCCAUCGCCAGGGUGUACGACGGGCGGGAUUACCUCCCCUCGAAAUACAAACACCUCGUCACAUCCGCCAACUGUAAGGGAUACGUCGGCGUCGUCGACAAAAGCAUCGUGGCGUUUUUAAUUGCUUGCAUCGUCGACGACGGUACGACGUUGGUGACGCGGGCAGGACGAGUUCGAUCGGACUACCGAGGUAAGGGCGUGUACGGCCAGAUGAAACAACUCGUCCGCAAACAGAUAGCCCUCCAAGGACGAGUGGAACACGAAACGUUCACCACCAGCGACAUCAACUACGGCAAAAACAAUACCAAAUUCAAAAAAAUCUUUACUGAGAGAUUUUCUAAGACUGUCGGUUCUUACAAGUUCCAGAUCAGUGAUGUCUGCCAACUUCACCUCGAUUCGAGUCCGGGCUUACAGCUUCUUGACCACGUGGCAUUCGAGAAUCUGUUUUCAUCUCCAGCAACUUGCAAGUACCUGUUUCCGCAUAACAAGAUUGUCGUUGACUGGGUACCGUUAAAACUGCUCUCUACAAAUAUCUCCUAUAUUUUGUCGUCCACGUCACUGGCGCUGGCUAGCCUGUCUUCCGACUGUCUGUGGAAUGACGUCAUCUACUCGCUUCUGACAAUAGGGUCAUACUACAUGUGUUCUAGUUGCAUCGCAUAUCAGCUAGACGUGUUUGGUAGUGACGUCACAUAUUUACGACACCACCUGAUGGCUCACGUGCAGAACAUUGUCAGACUGACAGCCAAUGAAAACUGUGGAACUGUCUGGCUGGAGAUCUAUACCAAUGGAGACGUAGAUCGUUCGCUGAUCAGGUCCGUGUUGUGUGAAUUCUGCCGGCCCCAGUCCAUCAACACGACUACCAUUAUGCAUGUCCUUGAAAAACCACUGAAACCUUCCAACGUCAAAACGUUUACCACAUGCAAGGACUGUGAAGGAACACACAAGUUACAAACAUCAUGCAAUAAUACCAUGUUGUAGUUUUGUGUGUGCGUGUGUGCGUGUGUGCGUGUGUGUGGUUUUUGACGAAAUUAGUAUCGGUAACGAACUAAUGGAAUAUUCCGGUACGGGUUCUGUGCAAAUGAUAAUCAUGUUAUAAAUGUAGUACUAAACCAAAUAACAUCCGGCUGGGUCAAAGUUCGAGGUGCACCUAACUUUUGAUAGAGCAGUUAAUAUCACAAGUCCUGCCAUUGGUGAUAAACACGACAGUGUUUGUUGUCAAAACAUAAAGUUUCAUCUGGGCAAUAUAUGUAUGUAAUUUUAUUUCAUCCAGAACCAGUCUCGAGUAGCCUUAAGUUUGAAACAUGUAUGGGGUACUUGUAAACAAAAGUACUACAUUUACGUGCGAAACUAGGGUUGUUGUAAAAACAUUCGGUUAUAUCGUAAAUGAGCCACGAAAGGUUCCACUUUCUUCAGUUAAUACUUUGAGGGAGGGGUUGUAGUACUGGUAUAUAUGGGUCAUAUUUUGCUUGAUUUAUUGCAUAGGGUGUUUUUUUAACCACAUACGUUAACAUUGUCACCUAUGGGAUUUUAUUUGGUAUACUACAACCAUAAACGCCUGUUGGAGAGAGUUUGUGAUUCCUGUGACGAGGGUUUAUUUGUGAGAAUGGUCUCUUUGAUGAAUAAACUCCAGGCUCCGUAUUCAUAAACGUACUUAAGUCAAUGUAUGAUACUUAUUUAUGUACUUUAGGUAUGUAUUUAGGUAUCAUACAUUGACUUAAGUAUGUUUAUGAAUACGGAGCCAGGGCCGUAGCUAACGGAACAAGUUAUAGAAACUUAAAGAAAAUUAUCUUUUUAACCGUUUAAGGAGUUUUUGGCUAUUAGGCCUACAGGUCUAUCGGCCAUCUAGGUAUCUCCGUUCUAGCUAGCAAAACCUACUGGCUGUCCCAGGAUGGAAGCUUGAGUCUUUUGGUUCCCGUUCCUUUAGCGUGAGUGCUGUGAAGAAAUGGAAUGAACUGCCAGGCACUCUUAAAAAUGCCACAGAUCUUAUAUCGUUUAAAAAACAUCUUAAAACACAUUUGUUUAUCCAGUAGUUUUAAUUAUCCAGUUUGACUUUUUAUUUGCCCCCUCUUAAGCAUUUAUAAUAACUCAUUUAUUUGUUCUUUUAGUAUUAUCCUACCAAUUGUUUUACUAUGUUAUUGUUUUAUGGCAUUCUAUAUAUGUAAUGCGCUUUGAACAUACAUUAGUGUGGAGUUUAGCGCUAUAUAAAUGAACUUAUUAUUAUUAUUAUUAUUAUUAUUAUAUAAACUUUAUUUUUAUUUUUAAUUUG